CCAGCGUAUCCGCGUAGUAGCACUUCGGACUCCCACCCCUCCCUCGGUAUUGCAUCCGCAUGGAUAGCUCGGCCCAGGCCACCAUGGGCGUCAUACCCAACAUUAGGGCAUUGUCGCCGGAUCCCAACUACCAGGAUGGCCCGGAGCAGGCCGAGUUCUCGCUCGCGGACUACAUUGCGGAUUCAUCGAUGCCUGCCGAAGAGAAGGUGCGAACUCGCAAGCCCAUCCUGUUCCGCCGUCGCGCGAAGCGGGAGCAAAACAAAUACGCGUGCUUCAAGUGUCAGAAGAAGAAGACAAAGGUGCCGCUCCUCCUCCUCUUCCCAAGAUUUCAUGUUCAUGUCCGGAAAACUCCCCCGUUCGUGCAUGCAGCAACCGCGCUGACUUGAGCUUUUUCCGCUCGACUGCAGUGCAGCAGCGAGCGGCCGCGCUGCUCGGCCUGUGUGAAGCGCAAUGACGUCUGCGAGUACGACGUCAGGCAGGGCGCCGUCUCGCGCAUGGCGGACAUGAAGGAGACCAACAGCACCCUGCAGCGCGUGCUCUCCCACCUGACCUCGGCCCCCGUCAGCGAGGUGGUCGAGACGGUGCAGAAGCUGAACGCCAUUCAGGCGCUGUCGACCCUGAAAGACGGCACCGGCUCCGUCGACCUCUGCAGCAAGGCCCUGGCCGACGGCGAGGUCGCCAAGAUCGAUGCCCAGGCGCUGGCCGAGUGCGCUACCAAGCUGCCCGCCAAGCCCUGGACGUCGGUCGCCGGCGACGGUCUCGUCUCGCAUCUCGUCGCCGAUUUCUUCUUCCCGAAUGCCGACGACCCGUUCGUGACGGGCUCCACCCUCAUCGACCGGGACCUGUUCAUCCAGGACAUGACCCUCUGCAAUCCCUCGCAGAGCCAGUUCUGCUCCCCGUUUCUGGUAAACGCCAUUUGCGGGCUACGAUCGUUAUCCUCCGACAAGAUACGGCUCGUGAACGAGAUCACGGGAACUAAUCUCACCGAGUUGUUCGUGGCCGAAGCGAAACAGCAUUUCGAUACUGAAGGCGGCAGGCGUUGUCUUACCACAAUUCAAGCCCUCUACCUCUUUUUUAUGGUAACCUGCCACUUCGGCACCAAGAAGGCUGGAUCCGUAUACCGUCUCGGGGCCUUGGAUUAUCUUAGUAGGCUUGAUUUGGAUAAGGCAUUUGCCGAGUACCGCCGGGGCAACGGACUCACUGACCCCGAUAAGUGUCGGGCUCUCUUCAAAACGUACUGGGGGAUAUUCAAUUUUGAAUGUAUUCUUUGCCAUACAUAUCUCCGGCCACCACCCAUUAAUCUUCUUCCGCUAGCCUUCUUUCCUGGCGAUACCGAUGGUUCUCGGAGUACACCGGGGCAAGCUCAGAUCGCCCGUCGAGUCGUGCCGGCCACGAAUCGGAUUUCAGACAUGCAAUAUCGCGUUAUGAAGUACAACAGCGACCCGAUCCCCCCAGUGGGCGAUGAGUCCGACAUGAGGGUCCGGAACGAUCUGCUUUUCCAACUUCAAGCGCUAAAAAAUUCGCUAAUCCCCAACCCCGCCGACUCCGAGACUCAGGAUAGGCAUACCAUUCUGGUCAAAUUGUAUAUCAACAUGGUCGCCUGCAACAUCCUCCGCCCGCUUCGCUCCACUAUUCCCGUCUACUGUCCCAAUAAGACCAGCACCACCACCACAUCGUCGUCGACUGCAUCAAUACCGACACCAAUAACGGCCAAACUCCACCUCCUUUGCCUCGCCACGACCGACAUCCGCCUGAUCGAAACCUACCUCACCCGCUGCGCCCCGCCUUCCUACGCACCCUCCGUCUCCGUCCCCCUGUGCUCCGCCGUCUACACCAUCCUCCCCUUCCUCGACGACGAAGACGCGGACAGGGACCUGGCCACGCGCGACGCCUUUGCCCGCGGAUGCGCCAUGCUCGAGCGGCUGGAGAGCUGCUUCCGCGGCGUGCGCACCUUCCGCUGGGGCGUCCUGGCCGUCGCCUGGAAGCUCGGGGUGCGGAUCCCCGCCCCGGCAUGGCCCGCGUUCGAAGGCCUCGAGGCCGAAGUCCGCAGGGGGGACGUUGACCUCCGCAACGUGGCGGUCGAUAUCGUGAUCCCGCUGCCACGUGACCUGGCCGAGAGGGUUUUCGUUACCGAUAGCGGCUGUGCUGCGAGAAGGAUGAGGGACGCGAUCCCGGGACUGGACCUCGCUGCCGUUCUUGGGGAGUGGGGGAAGGCGUUGCGGAUGGAAGGGGAGAGGUUGGAAGGCGAGAAACUGGAAAGAGAAAGAUUGGAAAGGACGAGGCCGGAAGGACAAAGUUUGGAAGCCGGGAGGUUAGAGGAGGAGAAACGAGUCGGGAGCGUGGGGAGUGUAUGAAAAGAGGUGUGUUCAUGGGGAAGCGAUGGGAGGAAAGAUGAGGAGGACGGGGCGCCAACGUCAAUGUCGUUGUGUCGGGACCGGGGAGAGAAGGGAGAGCAGGGGCAGGGGAGGGGAGGAGAUGCGUAUGUGGCGUUGGAGAUACCCUCUGCUUUUUGUGGUGCUGAUUGCUGGGAUGCUUAUCAUCGUGUACAUGUUUGCGGUCUUUUGGGAGUACAAAGAUCGAGGUUGCUCAUAUAUGGCGGAGUUGGGCGGAGUGUGAUGACAAUAUCGCAUUGUAUAUAUAUUAAUAGAAUGGGCCGGCUAGUUGGGCCGGUUUGGCGCCUGGAACUCGCACAGAAUGUUCGUCUUUUUCCAUGUUGCAGC